ACAUUUCCCGCGGAGGGACCGUCCCGUGGCACCUGGUGGGCCGACGGGGACGCGGCUGGCCGGGAGCGGCGGCGAUGGCCGACCACAGUCUGGACGAGUUCCGCCGGCACUGGCAGGAGGAGCUGGCGCAGGCCCAGGCGCUGAGGAAGCGGCGGCGGCCCGAGGCUGCCGAGCGACGGCCGUGGCGGCCUGAGGUGGUCCCUGGGCGCGGCGAGCAGCAGGCCUCGGGGUACCUGGCGCUGGCCCAGGGCCUUUUGGAGGGCGCGGGGCGGCCCCCGGCAGCGCGGGCGACCCGGGCCGAGAGGCAGGAGGCGGCGAGCCGUUCCCGCUCCCCUCCGGCCCGCGAGGCUGCCGGCGGCGGGGAGCAGCUGGUGGAUCAGCUCAUCCGGGACCUGAAUGAAAUGGAUGACGUGCCCUUCUUUGAUAUCCAACUGCCGUACGAGUUGGCAAUCAAUAUAUUUCAGUAUCUGGACAGAAAAGAACUAGGAAGGUGUGCGCAGGUGAGCAAGACGUGGAAGGUGAUUGCAGAAGAUGAAGUACUCUGGUACCGGCUGUGCCAGCAGGAAGGGCACCUUCCCGAGAGCAGCAUCUCCGAUUAUUCUUGCUGGAAGCUCAUCUUCCAAGAGUGCCGAGCCAAGGAACACAUGUUAAGAACCAACUGGAAGAAUCGCAAAGGCGCCGUGAGUGAGCUGGAACACAUUCCUGACGCGGUUUUAUGUGAUGUGCAUUCUCACGAUGGUGUUGUCAUUGCUGGAUAUACAUCAGGGGACGUGAGGGUGUGGGACACCCGCACCUGGGACUACACAGCCCCCUUCCUGGAAUCGGACUACGAGGAGGAUGAGCCUGGAAUGCAGCCAUAUGUCUCCUUUGUGAGGAUAAACAGCUCGCUGGCGGUAGCGGCUUAUGAGGAUGGAUUUCUUAAUAUUUGGGAUCUAAGGACUGGAAGGUAUCCUAUUCAUCGUUUUGAGCAUGAUGCAAGAAUACAAGCACUAGCCCUCAGCCAGGAAGAUGCAACUGUUGCCACAGCUUCUGCUUUUGAUGUCGUAAUGUUACGCCCCAAUGAGGAGGGAUAUUGGCAAAUAGCUGCAGAAUUUGAAGUUCAGAAACUGGUUGACUACCUUGAAAUAGUUCCAGAUACUGGAAGGUAUCCUGUGGCCGUAGCCACUGCUGGAGAUCUGGUAUACCUGCUAAAAGCCGAAGACUCUGCCAGAACCCUCCAUUAUGUCUACGGGCAGCCUGUCACAUGUCUAGAUGUCUCCUCCAACCAGGCUGCUUUUGGUGUGAAGAGUCUGGGAUGGGUGUACGAAGGAAACAAGAUCCUGGUGUAUAGCCUGGAAGCAGAACGCUGCCUCUCGAAGCUGGGCAACGCGCUUGGCGACUUCACCUGCGUCAACCUCCGGGACAGCCCUCCCAAUCUCAUGGUCAGUGGCAACAUGGACAGGAGGGUGAGGAUCCACGACCUCCGCACUGACACGAUCGCCCUGUCCAUCUCUGCCCACCAGCUCGGAGUCUCUUCAGUCCAGAUGGACGACUGGAAGAUUGUCAGCGGGGGCGAGGAGGGCCUGGUCUCCGUGUGGGAUUAUCGGAUGAACCAGAAGCUGUGGGAGGUGCACUCCAGACACCCCGUGCGGCACAUCUCCUUCAACUGCCACAGCCUCAUCACGGCCCACGUGCCCUACGAGAGGGUGGUGCGCAACGCCGACCUGGACAACUUCGUCACCCACCGGAGACACCGGGGGCUGAUCCAGGCCUACGAGUUUGCAGUGGACCGGCUGGCCUUUCAGAGCACUGUGCCCAUCUGCCGUUCGUCCUGCGACACCAUACCGGGUUACAACUAUGACCUGGUGCUUGCUUUUCCCUGUGACAACAGUUAGAGAACUGUCUCAUUUGGGAGCUGGGAGAAACGUGGGAAGAACCAAUUCUGUGUAUUUUAGAACUACAGAGGAGCACCUCACUAGGUUUUAAGUGUUGGGGGAAAAAAGCAACUGCAGGGCGCGCUUAUGUGACCCCCCCACAUCUUCCUCUACUGCCUUUGCUCUUCUCCUUUGCCAAUUUAUUUUUCUCCAGCUGCGUUUGUCAGGGCUCGUUUCAUCUUACUCUGUUCUCACUCUCACUCAGGGCUUUCAGUACCACACACUGAUGGCUCAGAUUUGUACCUCCUUCCCCCACGCUCCUCCACCGCAGCCCUGCAUCUGCUCCCCACCUGUCUCAGGAGUGUCGCCCGGGCCCAAGCUGGGACCUCCCCACAUCGUUCUGUACACUACACACAGCCCUUGCUCCAGCUCUGAGAAAGGCCCUUCUGCACCCCUGCUCAUCCUCUUUCCUGUCUCCAAACCCUUGCUUCUUUGGGGGCCUUUGGACAUGCUAGUCUCUGAGCCCUUGGAUCUGGAUCUGAGACCAUCUCUGGGUCGUCUUCUCUGACACCAUCACCCAACCUGGGAGAGCAGUGCUUUUUCCUGGUAGAUUUUAACAUGGUUAUAAUUGUAUAUUUAUACAACUACUUCAUUAAUAACUGUUUUGCUGAC